AAUGGAGUCUGUGUUUGAAGCUGAAAAUAAACUGAAGCAACAAGAUCCUAGUUUUAGAGAAAAGAUGAGAGAGCAAUGUCAGAUUGGGAUUUUAGGUCAAUUGAUAAAUUAUGGGGAUGGAGUCUCUUGAGGAUUCAAAUAGCUCAUAUGUUGGAGGUCCGAUACAAGUUAGCAAGGCUGUAGGCAAGGUCAAGCUGUACGCGCCGCUUGUGUUUUUAAUCAAUGUAUCAAUCAUUCGAAAGAACAAAUAAGAAGAUAAGUAGGAUUCUGAAGAAGCUUAAUAUGAAAGAUAUUCGCGAUGCUAUUAUUGUUGGAGAAAACGCUUAUGAAUUAAAGAAGUUUGACAAAAUUAUAUUUAAUAGUUUGAUAAGGCUAAUCCCAAAAGUUUAUAUGCUAAUCAGAUUCUCCCGAAUUAUCUUUACAAAGAAACAGUUCGAAAUACUUUUGAACAAUAUUAUAAAGCUUGGCUCUCUUGACUGUAAUUCAUGCCAAAUAGAUACAUCAGGUAUCCAAAUAUGGCCGAAUAGAGCCCCUAUGAUAUCCAAUAUGGAAUUUCUCCGUUGAAGUUUUAAUAGAACAGACUUUAGCCCGAGUUUGGAUGAUUUAGAAGAUUUAUUCAUCUGUAUGUCUAAUUCUUCAUUGAAAAACUCUGUCAAAUUUAUUGACAUCAGAAAUUGUGGGAGUGCGGAUACGCAAGUUGGAAAACUUGCUAAUAAGUACAAUAUUGGAGCCUUUAGAUCUAUUCCUAUCACUUGCGCUGGCAUUUACAUGAAAGAACCAAAGAAAGUUAAGAGAAAAUGUAUCAUAUUCUAGCUAAAACAUUUG